CCAUCCGUAACACGCAUUGCUCCCUCUGCAUGCUUGCUGCUACCAGCGUGAUAGAGCCAAAACGAUUGAAGUGAGAAUUCAUCGCAAGUCCUGUGGCAAACUCUAAAGUAGACAGCUAUCGAACGAAUUCAUCCAAAUAGUCCACGCAUCACAAACUGUCAUGGAAGACAAUCAAGAAAUGUCUCCCCUUGAGAUUAAGGUUGCUCGUCAGAUUGAGUACUACUUUGGCAAUCACAACCUUCCCCGCGACAAGUUUCUGAAAGAACAGCUGCAGCUUGAUGAUGGCUGGGUUCCCUUUGAGACUAUGCUCAAGUUUAACAGAUUAAAGUGUUUAACAACAGAUACCAAUGUCAUCAUUGAAUCCUUGCGCAAGUCAAAAUCGGGUCUUUUGGAAAUGAGUGAGGACAAGACCAAAAUGAGGAGGGUUCUAAGCAAACCGCUGCCGGAAGUGAAUGAUCAAUACAAAGAUGCUCUGAAGCACAGAUCGGUCUACCUUAAAGGUUUUCCACUGGACACAACCCUUGAUGAUAUUCAGGUCUGGCUGAACGGUAAGGGCAACAUAGAGAACUACCAGAUGAGGAGAACUCUGGAUAAGAAGUUCAAGGGCUCUGUCUUCUUGACCUUUGACACAGAAGAAUCAGCAAAGCAGUUCAUUGAACGUACAGACAUCAAAACUUUUAAUGACAAUGAAAUGCUCAUUAUGUUGAGACCGGACUACCAUGCAAAGAAGAAAAUUGAAUGGAAAUCUAACAAGGCAGCUAAAGCUAAACAGGACAAGGAUGAAAAACAAAUACAAGUAGAUAAAGAGGAAAUGAAAUCUCUGGAUGAGCAGACAGGAUGCUUGCUGAAAUUCUCUGGGGCGCUUGAGUUUGUGUCGAGAUCCGAUUUUCAUGAAUUGUUCUCAGGACAUGGUCAAAUCAAAUGGAUUGACUUUUCCAGGGGUGCCAAAGAGGGUACCAUCCUCUUCAGAGCAAGUGCUAAAGAAGCUCUUGCUAAGGCUACAGAGGCGAAUGAAGGGACUUUGCAACUGAAGGACCAAGAUGUUGCAUGGGAAGUUGUGGAAGAGGGCGAUGCUGAGAAAGAACUACUGAAGAAGAUGAUCCAAGACCAGCAAGAAACUUUCAAUAAGAGAGGCAGAGGCAGAGGUGGCAGAGGUAGAUCAGGUGGCCGAGGAGGAGGAGGAGGAAGAGGAGGAGGCCGGAGGGAUAGGGAUAGGGGUGGACGAGAUCAGAAUAAAUCUCAGUUCAAAGGCAAGAAGACCGUGUUUGACAGCGAUAACGAUGAUGAUGGAGCUCCAAGCCCCAAAAAGCGAGCGCUGGAAGGUGCAGAUGACCACACCCCAGCUGCAAAGGUGGUCAAAACUGAGAAUGGAUCUUAGAUUGCAGAUACAAAAAAACAUAGCUCAAAAAAACUUGAUAGAAAGGAACAUUGAAAAAGCCUAAAAUGAACUAAAUCCAUUCCACUGGAAGUUUCAUGUUGUGGAGAAUCUUAUAAAGUCCACCCUGAUGUCAACCUGAAAACCAGAAUGUAAGAUCGACAUCAGUUUCACAAAACCAUUGUCAGUUGUACGUCUCAUAUUGUGUUCCUCUUUCCCCAGCUUGCUUUAAAUGUAUUAUUUAACUAGUUUCAUUUUCUACAAAGCAUUUAAUUUUUACAGGAGCAUACAAUGCUUAUGUGCGUCAGUGGGAUAUAAAGAUGUGCAUGAUGAUAGUAUCUUGUUUAUGGCUCGCCACUUCAUUGAUGCUCAGAAAGCAAGGCAGGAGAGGAACGUUAUUACCGCAUCUGGCAGUGCGAGAUCAAUGAGUGCCAUUUUCUUUUCCCUCUAUUCUUUUUACAUGGAAAGGUUAAGUAGAAAAAUAGGAAUGGUUCCUUUCACGUUUGCCCUUGUGAAUAUAGCCAAUAAAGUUUGAUUUUAGUA